GCCACUGUUUAGGCAAAAGAAUGUACAAGAGCAGGAGAGAUGUGAACACAAUUUCAGAUUUUAUGGGUAAAAAACAAAAAAAAGAAAUUUCUAGAAAAUAAAGCAUUUGUAUAAGGAAAUUUUCACGUCAUUUCUCCAAUAUAAUAGUCUCCAAAUACUUAUCCAAAGCUAACUUAAAAAUAGAUCAAAAAUGCUCCUCAAGACUUGCAUCCCUUCCUCCGCCAUAACCACAACAUCUCCACUCCUUUCCCUCACCAAAUCCUCUUUACCUUUCUCCCAAAACCUCCGUAAAGUUUCAACCUUUCCACGCACUUCCAAAACCCCAUCUCUUUAUUCUUCCCCCAAAAUGAGUUGGCUCAACAAAUUGGGUUUUGGUGCAAAAACUGAUAGUAUACCAAUGGACUCAUCUUCCUCUGCAAUUGCACAAGGUCCUGAUGAUGACAUCCCUGCACCGGGUCAACAAUUUGCUCAAUUCGGAGCUGGCUGUUUUUGGGGCGUUGAAUUGGCUUUCCAAAGAGUGCCUGGUGUUACCAAAACUGAAGUUGGGUAUACUCAGGGGUAUUUACAUAAUCCUUCCUAUGAAGAUAUUUGCUCGGGAACUACUUUUCAUUCUGAGGUUGUUAGAGUUCAGUAUGAUCCUAAGGACUGUAGUUUUGACACCUUGCUUGAUGUUUUUUGGGAUCGUCAUGACCCAACUACCCUUAAUCGUCAGGGUAAUGAUGUGGGCACCCAAUACAGAUCCGGAAUUUACUUCUACACACCUGAGCAAGAGAAAGCAGCACUUGAAUCCCGGGACAAACAGCAAAAGAUAUUGAACAGGAAUAUUGUUACGGAGAUCUUGCCUGCUAAGAAGUUUUACAGAGCUGAGGAGUAUCAUCAACAGUACCUUGCAAAGGGCGGUCGUUUUGGUUUCAGGCAGUCUACUGAGAAAGGUUGCAAUGAUCCCAUCCGAUGCUACGGUUAAGGCAGUUCUAUUUGCAGGAGGAAAUAAAUGGAUUUCCUGUGUGUUCUUGUAAGCUAUGGUUGUUUAUAGGCUUGAAAUUGUGCUUCUGAAGUAGUGUAUUUAAUCUACACCUUAUUUAUUUUACAGGAAAUAGCAAACAGUAUAUUAUUGCAGUUGCACAUUGUUUCAUCUUUGCUAGUGUGAUUUCGAGUGAAAGCUCUUAAUACAAUAUGACAUAACAUUGUACA